AUCGUGGCUUUAUCUUUGCCGCGAAGCAGCGCACAGGUGGUGUCGAUCCUCGGCGCUUUGUUGGCGGGUGCCGGCUACCUGCCCAUGGACGACACGGGGCCAGAGGCAAGGAAGAGGCUCGUUUUGGAGGACAGCCGCGCGAAAGUGUUGAUCUCCGACGCCAACUCCCAGGAGUGCAAGCAGCUCGCCGCAGAUCUCGGGCUCCACUGGGUGGCGAUCUCCUCCUUCGGAAGCUUCACGGUGACCGAAGCCCAGCGACCAGCUCUGCAGAGCGGCGCUGGCAUCUGCGACACGGGGGACGUGGCCAUGCUGAUCUACACGUCCGGAUCCACCGGUGAGCCCAAGGGCAUCGUCUACGACCACCAGCAUCUCUUGCACGGUGCGUGGUUCUGGGCAGAGGAGCACGCGAUGUCGGAGAGCUCUGUGCAGCUCUUCAAGUCUCCCUACUUCUGGGCAGUCAUGGAGUGGGAGGUCUUCCCAGCCUUGAUCAGGGGCGGCAAGCUCGUCGUCGGUAGUUUUGUGUUGGUUUUGGCGAAGGUGGUCGGACCGUUCAUCAUGGCCGAGGGCAGCUUCGAGCUGAUGCCUCCCGGGGAAGCUGGCGAGAUCUGCUUCGGAGGCGUGCUGGCAGCGCGCUACUGGCAGCGUCUGGAACUCACGGCUGCGAAGUUCGUGCCCACGGAGGACUUCGGCCGAAUCUACCGCACCGGCGAUUUGGGCCGCUUCAGGGAGGGAGCUUUGGAGGUCGUCGGGCGCCUGGAUCGGCAGCUGAAGGUCAACGGUGUCCGCGUGGAGCCCGGCGAGAUCGAG